AAUGUUUUCCCUCGUUUAAGAAGCCGCUUAAUGUGACGAUACUUAGAUCAAACUGUGGUUGUUGUUGUUGUUGUGGUGGUGGUGGUUUUGAUUAUAACAAACAAAUACAAACAGAAAAAAAAGUGUUGCCUGUUGGCGCUUGACAAAAAUCUUUUGUGUUUGUUUUUUAUGUGUGGCCGCGGCACAUUUUCUUCGAUUAUUUCAAGUUUUUGUCAUUUUUUUUUCUUCUAAUCAUUAAUCAUCAACUAAAGUAAAUUUUAAAAAAUCUUUAUUUAUCACAAUCAUUUUUCUUAGGAUAUUCAAUCAUUUUGAUUUUGAAAAAAUCAGUAUUUUGUUCUAUCAUUUCGAAAUUCGAAAUCAAAUCAUGGCCGAUAAUCCAUCAUCAGCGACAACAACAACAACAACAAAUGAAACAACAAAUAAUAUUGUUGGAUCAACAUCAUCAUCGAAUUUGGAAGAAUCGAAAACAUCAUCAUCAUCAUCAUCAACAAAAAAUGUAAAUCAUCAUGAUGAUUCCAAUGUUGCAAGUAGUAGUUCGACAAAAUUUUCUGAACCUGAUAAAGAAUUAUUAACCGAAGCAUUACAAUCGAUGCAACAUGGUAAACGUCAUAUGAUCGUUUCAGAUUAUCGUUCAGCUGUACCUUGUUUUGAAACGGCAUGUGAAUUUCUUGGCCAUCUAUAUGGUUUACGUGCACUUGAAUGUGCUGAAGCCUAUCUAAAUUAUGGUAUUGCAUUAUAUGAAAUGUCACGUCUUGAAGAAGGUCUUGAUGGUGGUAUUGUCAAUGUUGAAAAUCAACCAGAUAGUGGUGAAGAUGAUGAUGAUGAUGACGGCGACGGUGAAGAAGGUGAUGAAGAGGAACAAGAAGAAGGAGAAAAUAAUGUUGAUGGUCAGAAAGAAAAAGCUAAAGUUGAUGAAGAAGAUGGAGAUGAAGUGGAAGAUAAUGUUGAAACAAAUAGUAAUGAAAAUGAAAAACAAAUGGACAUUGAUCUAAUGGAACAACAACAACAGCCAUCAACAUCGAAAGGACCAUCAUCGUCAUCGGCUGAUGUUCCUGGAACAUCAGCAACAAAUGGUGGUACUGCGAAUAAUGAUGAUGAAGAAGAAGAUAAUGCUUCCAAUAUUGAAAUCGCAUAUGAAGUAUUAACAACUGCCAGAGAUAUUUAUAGCCAACAUUUGGAUAAUAAUGAAACAUCAUUAAAUUAUGCUGAAGCAUUACAAAAACUUGGCGAAAUCAGUAUUGAUUGGGAAAAUCCAGAUGGUGCUAUUGCAUUGUUAAAUGAAUGUCUGGAACAUCGUCGUCGGGUAUUGAAACCGGAUGAUCGUUUAAUUGCCGUCACCUAUCAUUAUUUAGGUCUUGCAUAUUCAUUUAAAUUAAUUCAUUCAAAUUCAACCGUAGCAACAUCAUCAUCAUAUGAUUGUGAAACAUCAAAUAAUUGUUUUCAAAGUGCAUUGGAUGUUAUUAAAUUACGUAUCGAUAAUCUAAAGGAAAAAGACACUACCAAUAUGGAUACAUUUGAAAAAGCAACAUUAGAAAGUGAAAUACAACAAUUAGAAAGUCUGAUACCUGAGAUACAAUUGAAGAUUGAAGAUAUGAAAGAACAGAUUCAAAGUGGUCGUCGUAUAAUGGAUCGUUUGGAAAUGGUCGAUAAAAAAGAACGUGAAAAGACACAAGAAUUUCGUAAAUUGGAAAAACCAAUUACAAACAUUACACAUCUGAUUAAACGUAAACGUGACGAUGAUAUCGAUGGUAACAGUGGUAGUAAUAGUAAUAGUAAUAAAGAAAAUGGUACAUCAGCAACAACAAAUGAUGAUAAUGUGAAUGUUCCAAAUAAAAAAUUAUGUUCAUCAUCAUCAACGAAUAAUGGCAAUGUUGCCACACCUUUAGUAUCAUCAACAACAACAACCACCGAAUCAUCGGCAACGACAACAACAACAACAAAUGAAGAAAAACAAUAGCUUACAUUAACAUCAAAAUCACCAAAGAAUGGUGACGCAACAACUUUCAACUACUAAUUAGAUUAAUUUCAUUUCUUCAUCAUCAUCAUUAUUAUUAUUAUUCGUUGGUUACAUUCAUUUGCAAUUAUUAUUAU